AUAAGGUUCUCAUGUGUGCAAAUUUUUAAAUUAUUUAAUGCUUUUUAAAGAAAAAAAGAACUAAAAAUUUUUCCGGAAGACAUUUUUCACUUAUUCUUUGAACAUUUAAUGGAAUAAUAUUGUGUAUCUGAUCAUAAAAUUCGUUUUACUGUGAUAUGAUAUAUGUAACAAAGUUACUUUUGUGAUAUUUUUAGUUUCGUAUUAAAUCGCGGAAUUUUGUUGUUCUGAAAUUUAAUUAUGUGAAAUAUAGAACACGUUUCUAAAAAAAUGUACGAAUCUCCAGAACUACUGCAAGAUCUGUGCAUUGCGUACAUUUCUAGAAACAUCGAUUCCAUUUUUCAUGUCGAACGUGACUUCAGUGGCAAUAUAUUAAAGUACAGUCUUCAAAAUCAAGGUAUUUGUUUUCCCUCCUGUGUUUCAGAACAACUCUUCGCAGCAUUAGAUGAAAAAAACUUGACUGAUCAACUCCUUACCAUAUUUGAUCCAUCUGUGACCAGAUUGCAAAGAGUUCAUAUCAGUGAUGCCUCUGAAGUGUCGUGCAAAGGACUCCGUGUACUACGCCAGCAUAAAAUUACCGAACUCGUUGUUACUGGAUUGAGCAGCAUUACAGUCAAUGAUUUAAUUGGAUGCUUAGGCGAUUGGACUUUAGAGCAUCUCAGAUUGUUGAAUGUUUCAAACAGCUCUUUGCUUAGUAGUGAGAAAGUUCGUGUUAUAAUAGCUUUAUCGAAGUUGAGAAAUCUUAGGUGCUUAGAUGUUAGUUUUACAGAAUUCAAUACGCAAGGGCUUAUUAUUGUUGCCGAAGAUUUACCUGCAUUAGAAAGUCUUAAUAUUUCGGGCACCAUGGUCACUGAUAUAUCACCAUUGAAAAAAUGCAAAGAAAGGUUGAAAUAUUUGAAUAUGUAUAAUUUAAGGUUACAGCAUUCUAGUAAAUUUCUGCCAAUUUUGACGGAGUUACAUAACUUGCAUCAUCUAGAUAUUUCGGAGGAUAAUUUAGAUUACUACGAGCUUAAUUCUGCAAUUAGUACAGCUUUUUGUGAAUUUCUAAAGAAGCCUUCUUUGUUGCCACAUUUAGUUUCUUUAGAUAUUUCCGGUAAAUAUGGUGUUGAUGCAGAAACAGUCAAAAUUUUUCUGAAAAAUCAUCCUAAUAUGUUGUUUUUGGGACUGCUGGAAACAGAAAUUUGCCAUGAUGAUAUAUUUUGUAAAGAGUCGAACCCUUUCUAUAAUCCCAAUUUAAUUGUAACUGGCUAUGCAUUGGAAAAACAAGUUUUGGAAGCAUUGAGAAGAUAUGUGAAAAGAAAAUUUUACAUCCAAAAAGCACUCUGUAAUUUGUAUUCUUAUAUCCAAAAUUUAACAGAUGUACGUCUGGAUAUUAUAAAACUAGUCUUAAAAACAAUGAAAACAUAUCCAGAUGUUCUGGGCAUACAAAUGGCUGCUACUGCGUGUCUGUAUAACCUCACCAAAGGUGGAUUAAGCUCAAGAAUACAUACCAAUUAUUUAAAGCAAAUUGUUGAUUUAAUACUUCUAUCAAUGGAAACCUUUCCAAAAAUGCAACAACUUCAAAAAAAUACGUUAUUGACUCUUUGUAGUGAUCGGAUGUUACAAGAUGUGACAUUUGAUAGAUACCAUUGUGCAGAACUUGUGAUGAAUUCUCUUAUGGCUUUUGAUGACCCAGCUAUGAAUAGAAUGUCCGUGGCAAUAUGCUCAAUCUUAGCAGCAAGGAUAUCAACUGCAGAAACUUCUAAUCUUGGUGCUAAAUUUUCCUACAUGAGGCGACUUUUAAGCAUAAUAAGAACAAAGAUGGAUCAAGGAGAAGUAGAUAUCAUGAUGAAAUUUACAUUGAGUGCUCUCUGGAAUCUGACUGAUGAAUCCCCAAAAACAUGCAGUGUGUUUUUGAAAUUGGGUGGAAUGCAACUUUUUCUUGAUGUUUUGAAUAAAUUUGCCGGUGAAAGUGCUGUUGAAACUAAAGUGCUAGGAUUAAUGAAUAAUAUUGCAGAAGUUGCUGAAUUGAGGCAUAACUUAAUGCAUGAAGACUUCGUCACUGCUUUAAAGAAACUUUUACGUUCGGAUCAUAUAGAUGUAAGCUAUUUUGCUGCUGGCAUUGUAGCUCAUAUAGCUAGUGAGGGAAAGUCUUUUUGGGAUUGCUCUUCAGUCUCAUGGAAUGAUAUGAUUUCCGAACUAGGUGAUGCAGUUUUAAGUUGGCAUGUACCAGAAACUGAAAUGGUUGCAUACAGGUCUUUCAAUCCAUUUUACCCUCUUUUCUCAACAUCCAGGCCAUAUCAGGUUCAAUUAUGGGCUGUUUGGGCUGUCCAUCAUGUGUGCUCAAAAAACCGUAAGUUCUGUCAAGUUUUAAGUAGUUGA